AUGUUGAACUCGAGGGAUUCCAGCGACGCUGUCUUUGCCUUUUAUCGCUACGAUCCUAGUAUGGGCGGCGCCGUUCUUUUCAUCCUGCUUUUUAUGGGCACCACGGGGUAUCAUAUUUUUCAACUGUUCAAGACUCGCAUGUGGUUUUUCAUCCCCUUUGUUAUCGGGGGAAUCUUUGAAAUUGUCGGAUAUAUUGGACGUGCCGUGUCCAGCAAGGAAAGCCCAGAUUGGACACUGGGACCCUAUAUUGUGCAGACAUUGUUCCUUUUGCUCGCACCGGCUCUCCUAGCGGCCUCGAUAUACAUGUUCCUUGGUCGCAUUAUCCUGGUUUUACAAGCCGAAUCACAUUCGUUGUUGAAGAAGAAGUGGUUGACCAAGAUUUUUGUGACUGGCGACGUGCUUUCAUUCUUGUUGCAAGGAGCUGGUGGCGGCAUACAGAGCAGUGGAGGCCUGGAUAGUCUAAAGAACGGCGAACACAUCAUCAUCGUUGGCUUAUUCGUUCAGAUCUUCUUCUUUGGGUUCUUCAUCAUCACGGCCACCCAUUUUAACUGGAAGCUCAAGAAAUUCCCAAUUCCGCGCUCCUGCUCUCCAGACAUCCCCUGGCGCAAACAUCUGAACGUGCUCUAUGUGACGAGCCUUUUGAUCAUGGUCCGCUCCAUCUUUCGAUUGGCUGAAUACAUCGAGGGAAAUAACGGGUAUCUUCUGCACCAUGAGGUCUAUAUAUAUGUUUUUGAUGCAGCGCUGAUGUUCAUCGUCAUGAUCAUCUUCAACGUUGUUCAUCCGCAUGAAAUUGGUCAACUUCUGGUUCGUGUCCCCGGUUAUGAAUUGACGCGCAUCCCAGAGGAACAAGCUAUCAAGACAUAUGACGGAUACUCUGGCGUGUGA